CACCCUCUAUUGUUCUAAUUAAUGCUCACCUGUAAAAAAUGUCUACCUCUAGAUAUUCACGUGAUAUGGAGAUAUAUGAAUACUCGGGAUCCAAUGAACAUGGAAGUACUAAUUAUGAUGACGACACAAAGAUCUCGUCAGCAGUUGAGCCAUUAGAAAGUAACUUAGAAAAUUCAUUUAAAAAGUUCAAGGGAAAACAAUUGAGCUCUAGACGUGCUGAUUUCUCUGAUUCUGUCUCUCGUCCAGCAACGUUUAGAACUGAUCCAAACGAUUUUGAGUUGUCGGAGGAUAAGAGAGAUGAGACAUUAAUUCAAAGAUAUCAUCGUUUGAAACAAGAAGUGACCCAGCUGGUAUCUGAUGUAGAGGAAAUUAAGGAUUCUAAGUCAAUGGGUGGAUCAGUUUCUCCAGGUGAUAUUGUACUUGAUCUCCAAGAGCUACAGAAGCAACUCCAUCAAUUGGAAUUAGACAAAGCACUAACUAACAGUACACUUGUGGGCGGAGACCCUGCAAACCACGCCCUCUUGUUUAAGGAGCUACAGGCGGAAUUAGCAGCUGUAAAAUCACAACCAACAACAACAGACAAAACUGUGUAUGAAGUAUAUGCUAACUUGGAGUCAGCCAAAUUUGGUCAUCUUUCCAAACUGAGUGAGAUUGAGGGUCGGCUGACAGUCUUGGAAGGAUUAGUGGGCCCCUCAGAUACUAAAGGGUCUCUUGUAGCUGCUGGUCUCGAUACUGAAUACAAAGAUCUUUCCGCUGCUGUCCUUGGUCUUCAAGCUAAGUUGGCUGUCCUUGACAAAGGACACAUUGAGAGUGUCACUAAGCAACUAACGAUCCUACUUGACAACAUCAAAGAGCUUCAAACUCAAUCCAAACAGCUUGAGAAUGAUCCAGACCAGCAGCACAAGAUAAAUGAUGCACUUGAGAAGGUAGCACAAGUGACUCCACUUCUUACUCUUGUACCUGAUCUGGUUGAUAGACUCCACACUUUGAAAGACCUCCACGGACAUACUGCAACUCUAGUAAAUACUGUUGCUGGUCUUUCUGAGGGUCAGAGCUCGUUACACAAUCAAGUGGAAACAUGUACUUCUCUUCUUGAACAAGUACAAAAGUCAGUUGGUGCUAAUCUUGAUGGCCUUCAGAACAAUUUUACACAACUUCAGUCUCGCAUAGACAAGCUCCAGAAAUGAAUCAAAGCUAACCUAUAAUUAUAACGGUCAAUGUCAUGCAUAGUUGUGGUAGGAUUUUGAACUCUUUUUUGAUAGUAUCUUAAAGAAUUUAAACAAAAACAAAAAUAAUAAUAACUAUUAAUAAUAAUGAUAUUAAUUUUUAACACAAGAAAAAUAUCAACAAAACGAAUAACGAUCGUAUAUAUAAAGUGGAAUUAUCAGAUUUAUCACGCACGAUUAA